GUGCACCAGGACGCUCCGUGGGCCCCGCCCGGACUACCCGCCUGGGGCGGGGCUCCAAGGUCCCAAGAGCACUUAUUUACAUUAUGCAAAAGUCUCAUCCCCGCUGGGUUCAGGGGGAGAGAGAAACUCCUUGAAGCCUCCCCAUUCCGGAAAUCCACCUGGGAUUUUUUUUCCUUUAGAAAAAACUCCAGGAUUGGCAUUUUAAACAAAACCGGUCUAUUUGCAUAACUUUGGUUUGCAUGCAUUUGUCUUUGGGAUGAAUGGAGCAAACCUGAUGGUAACAAGGGGAAACUGGUGAUUCCUCUGCUCAGAAUGUCAGUGUCAGAAAACUGGGGACUGGGGGUUGUUGUGGAGGUGUCAACCCAAAACCUUGUCUCAUUCGCUAAACUGAGGCCUAGGUAAAAGGGUUACAAUCCACAGCUCCCUGAUAGCAGUCCUCCACGCUGCCACUCACCAGCUCCCAGAGAAGUUGUGUCCCUGCCUCCCCUACCCAACCCCCCAAGAAACGCCAGUGCUCCCUUUGUGAGCCAGGUGAAGCCACAGACACCACAGCAAGGACAGAACCCACAACCAUCUAGAGGAGGGUCACUGGGUGCCACCUGGUUUGCAUUUGGCCUUGGCCCUCCCCAGUUCCUGAGUGAGACCACAGGCCCGGAAGGCCAAGGGAAACAGCUGGGUUUCUACAACUGGGUUGCUGGGCCACCCCGUUCAGGGGCAUGAAGUUGUGAGGCAUCCGGGCAGCUGCACUCUGUUCUAUUUAAGUGGCUUGGCCUCCUCAAAGGGUGCUGCUCAGCCAUGCCAGGCAUGUGGGCAGCAUGUCACUCCCAGCAGUUCUCCUGGUGGGACUGCAGCUCUCCCUGCCCUGCUGCUGGGCUUUCAGCUGCGGCCACAUGGAGUCCUCUCCUGAAUUCCACCUCUCUGGGGAUUACCUCCUUGCAGGCCUGUUCCCUCUCCACUCUGAGUAUCUGCAGGUGAGACUCAGGCCAGAGGUGACCUUCUGUGACAGGCCUGGCAGCUUCAAUGGCCACGGCUACCACCUCUUCCAGGCCAUGCGGCUCAGCAUCGAGGAGAUAAACAACUCCACAGCCCUGCUGCCCAACGUCACCCUGGGGUACGAACUUUAUGACGUGUGCUCAGAGUCGGCCAGCGUAUAUGCCACACUGAGCGUGCUCUCUCGGCUGGACACGCACCACAUAGAGAUCCAAGGAAACUUUCUCCACUACUCCCCCACUGUCAUAGCAGUGAUCGGGCCUGACAACACCAACCAUGCUGCCAGCACUGCUGCGUUGUUGAGCCCUUUCUUGGUGCCCCUGAUCAGCUACGGGGCGAGCAGCACGAUGUUCAGUGUGAAGCGGCAGUACCCAUCUUUUCUUCGCACCAUCCCUAGUGACAAGUACCAGGUGAAGAUCAUGGUGCUGCUGCUGCAGCAGUUCGGGUGGGUCUGGAUCUCACUGGUCGGUAGCGACGGAGACUAUGGACAGCUGGGGUUGAAGGCACUGGAAGACCAAGCCACCCAGCAGGGCAUCUGCAUUGCCUUCAAGGACAUUGUGCCUUUCUCUGCCCAGGUGGGUGAUGAGAAGAUGCAGAGCAUGAUGUACCAUCUGGCCCAAGCCAAGACUACUGUCGUGGUUGUUUUCUCCAACCGGCAGCUGGCCAGGGUGUUCUUCGAGUCCGUGGUGCUUGCCAAGCUCACUGGCAAGGUGUGGAUUGCCUCUGAAGACUGGGCCAUCUCCAGACACAUCUCCAGUGUGCCUGGGAUCCAGGGCAUUGGGACAGUGCUGGGUUUGGCCAUCCAGCAGAGGGUAGUACCUGGCCUGAAGGCGUUUGAAAAGGCCUAUGCCCAGGCAAACAAACGGGUCCCUGGGCCUUGUCCCAAUGGCUCUUGGUGUAACAGCAACCAGCUCUGCAGAGAGUGUCAGGACUUCACAGCGUACAUGAUGCCCAAACUUGGAGCCUUCUCCAUGAGUUCUGCCUAUAACGUAUACCAAGCUGUGUAUGCUGUGGCCCAUGGCCUCCACCAGCUCCUAGGCUGUACCUCUGGAGUCUGUUCCAGUGGCCGAGUCUACCCCUGGCAGCUUCUGGAGAAGAUACACAAGGUGAAUUUCCUUCUGCACCGGAAUACUGUGAAGUUUAACGACAACGGGGACCUCCUCAGUGGCUAUAACAUAAUUGCCUGGGAUUGGAGUAGGUCCAAGUGGGCCUUCAGGGUCAUUGGUUCCUCCACGUGGUCUCCAGUAUGGCUGAACAUAAAUAAGACCAAAAUCCAGUGGCAUGGAAAGAACAACCAGGUGCCCACGUCUGUGUGCUCCAGUGACUGUCUUGAAGGGCACCAGAGAGUGAUUGUGGGUUUCUACCACUGUUGCUUUGAGUGUGUGUCCUGUGAGGCUGGGACCUUCCUCAACAGGAGCGACCUCUAUAAUUGCCAGCCUUGUGGAAAAGAAGAGUGGGCCCCUGAGGGAAGCCAAACCUGCUUCCAACGCACUGUGGUGUUUUUGACUUGGCAUGAGCCCAUCUCUCAAGUACUGUUGGCGGCUAAUACACUGUUGCUGCUGCUACUGGUUGGGACUGCAGGCCUGUUUGCUUGGCACCUGGACACCCCUGUGGUGAAGUCAGCUGGGGGCAGGUUGUGCUUCCUCAUGCUGGGCUCCCUGGCAGGGGGUAGCUGCAGCCUCUAUGGCUUCUUUGGGGAGCCCACACUGCCCACAUGCUUGUUACGCCAGGCCCUCUGGGUCCUCGGCUUUGCCAUCUUCCUGUCUUGUCUGGCGAUUCGCUCCUUCCAAGUGGUCAUCAUCUUUAAGUUUUCAACUAAGGUGCCCACUUUCUACCAUGCCUGGGUUCAAAACAAUGGUGUUGGCCUGUUCUUAACAAUCAGCUCAAUGACCCAGCUGCUUCUCUGUGUAAUUUGGCUUACCGUAUGGACCCCUCUGCCGACCAGAGAAUACCAGCGCUUCUCCCAGCUGGUGAUGCUUGAGUGCACAAAGACCAAUUCACCGGGAUUCGUGCUGGCUUUUGCCUAUAAUGGCCUCCUCUCUAUCAGCGCUUUUGCCUGCAGCUACCUGGGCAAGGAUCUGCCAGAGAACUAUAAUGAGGCCAAAUGUGUCACCUUCAGCCUGCUGCUCACCUUCGUGUCCUGGAUCGCCUUCUACACCAUGGCCAGCGUCUAUCAGGGCGAGUACCUCCUUGCAGCCAACGCGCUGGCGGUGCUAAGCAGCCUGAGCGGCUACUACAGCGGCUAUUUCCUCCCCAAGUGCUAUGUGAUCCUCUGCCGCCCAGAUCUCAACAGCACACAGCACUUUCAAGCCUCUAUACAGGACUACACGAGUCGCUGUGGCUCCACGUGACCAAGGGGAGCAG